UCGAUCAAAGCUGCGAGUCAGUGAGGGAACUUUCAGAGGGUUUCAGAGCACUGAGACUGAAGAGGUGAACACUAUGGGUAAGAUAGAGUGGGCGAUGUGGGCCAAUGAGCAGGCUCUGGCUUCAGGACUCAUUCUGCUUACUGGAGGUAUUGUGGGGGUGGCCGGACAGUUCAGGGGCUGGCAGUUUGCUGCUUAUGCUGUUGCUGCCGGAGUGUUUGUGUGUCUUCUGGAGUAUCCCAGAAGCAAGAGGUCCAAGGGCACGAGCAUGGAGAGAACGGGUCAGCACUGCUUCACUGUGGUUGUAAAAGCAUUCGGGCCAUUGACAAAGAACUACUACGUCAGAGCAUUUCUGCAUGCUGCAAUCUGUGUUCCUGGAGGUUUCAUGCUUGCCACAGUCCUCGGUUGCGUCUGCCUCGGCAUCGCCAGCCUCAUCUACCUGUCGGCAGCUAUCCAUGGUGAACACUGGGAGCCCAUUCUGCCACGGAAGGAGGUUCGAAAGCCGGCAGAGAGCAUGAAGAACCCUCCUCAGAAUCCACCUCCGAGACCUCCUCCAGAGACGCACAGGAAACGGGUGGACGACCUGGAAGGAGCCGCCUAUGACAACCCUUUCUCUGUUACUGACAAUGAGUAACCGGCCCAGUGCCCCGUCCUCUGUGUGUCAUCCAGUAUCUGCAAUGAGAGCUUGGAAAUGUUAAGACCAGUCACAGCGGGACAUCACCAGGUUCUGUGAGUCUGGAAAAAUAAAUCGUUUUCUGAGGUUCAGUGAACCUGGUGACUGAACAACAUCCUUUGUACCUACAAAGAAAUAUGUCAAUACAUAUAUAUAUUUUACUGUUGAACAAAACACAGAGGAGAUACAUGUAAAUGAUGUAGCUGCUUAGUGUCAACCACAUGUAUUUUUACUGCUUUGAUUAAGGUGUAAACCAAUAUAUGUUUCUGAACAAACCACCAUGUAUUUUAAGCUGUGUUGCGUAUUGUGUUGUCUUGCAUAGUUUUCACAUUAUAUUGUGUAAUGUAUAUAUUGUAUUACUGUGUCUUCUUAUCCUUUUUAUAUUUCUGUAUUUCUAAGUCAACUAAUCAAAAUACUGAAAGGCUACAAUUUACUGUUGCUAUAAAUUGAAACGUAUUUUGCCAGUGUCAGCCUGUCAUUGACCAUACAUCAUUUUUUGCUCUACUUUUCAUGUCUCGUAAAUAAACCUGUUGAAUCUCA